AUGACCAGCUUCGGUGAUGAUGGCAUGCCCACCAUGGAGACGAUCGAGCCAUGCGAGAGAAAGCGAUUGGAAGGUGCCAUGGAUCGGCUUCGGAGAGCCUGGCUGAAGCCCAGCAAGCAGGUGUGGCACAAGAUCGACGCCGAGUGGCGCGAGAGAGGUAUCGCACGGUCCAUCCCGGAGGGAUUUGAGCGCUUCCCAUCCUCCUUGCUUCACCUGCAGCCCCCACCAGCGCCGCCCACGCCUGCACGUCCAACACCUCUCAGCACGGCGGCGACGGCUCGUGCCAGCGUGUGGCCGGCUGCUAAGGUCUCAGAGACUCGAAGUGCCAAAGAAAAACCGCCCGUAAGGCCGGCAUGGCCUCGAAAGUAG